AUGGCAACCGGCCGCGGUGGACGACCCAAUCGCACCAAACCAUUGCCUGAACACGAAGGAAACACCUAUCUACCCUUCGCCGAUCUCAUCAAACUAGAGAAGAUCGAGAAUAGGACAUUCCGAAGCAUCGCACCAGCUUACUCACCGGGAGGUACCAUUGGCGCAGGACGUUCAUAUGGAGCACAUGUAUAUAUGCAAGCAGCAUGGGCAGCAUCUCAGACGGUAGCAACCGGCUUCUUGCUUCACAGCGUCUCUGGCAACUUUAUCCUCGCCGGCGAGCUCAAUGUUCCUUUUGUGUACAAGGUGCACAUCAUUCGGGAUGGUAGAUCGUACUGCACUCGGAUCGUCAAUGUCACACAGAGCCAAGGGAAGGGAAUCAUGUUCACCUGCAUCUGUUCAUUCAAGACGCCUGAGCACAAACAAGUUGAUUCUCAGGAAGACGUCGAUAUCGCGAAGAAGUAUGGCUCUGUGUUAGACGGCAAGAAGCCGUUGGACUUCCCGGAAGUCCCUGCCAUGGAUCUACCCUUUUACUGGAAACGGAUGGCUGAGACUGGCAUCAAUGAUCCUUUUCCUGGUCUCGAAUGUCGGAAAGUCGACAUGUCAGAAUACAAUAAAGACCGACAUCCUCUUGAUCGGAGGCAGUUGAUCCUGUACCGUACGAUUGGGGAAAUGCCGAACGAUCCAAACAUGCACCUGUGCGCACACGUAUACGCCUCAGAUCGAAACAGUCUGUACAUCGUUGCGAAUCACUUUGAGCUUGGAGAUUACUUCAGCAGCAUGAGCAGUCUGGCACAUACGAUGAUAUUUCACAGUCCAGUGGAAGCUUAUCGAUUCGGGACGUCCGGAAAACGUGGUCUGUUACACGACGAGACUGGGCGUUGGUUCUGCCUGGAGAUAUCCGGGAGUCGAAUGGGAGGCGGUCGAGCGGUUCACAAUUGUCGAAUAUGGAACAGUGAAGACGAGCAUGUCGUAACCACUAUGCAAGAUGGUUUGAUAAGGUAUGCUGUGAAUCCGCAGACGCCGACCGAUGACGAGUUGAAGGUACUAGAGUUCACGAAGAGGAGAUGGAAAGGGUUGAAGAGGGAGGGGAAGCUGUGA